AUGACUUCAUUGGAGAUAGAUGGUUUCUUGCAAGUUUUGAAGGACGUAAUAGUGCCUGAUGGGUAUGCUUCCAAUAUCUCACAUCGUGUGAAUAUGAAAGAAUGCAAGAUUUCUGGUUUGAAGAGUCAUGAUAAUCACAUAUUGAUGCAGCAACUUUUACCCAUAGCAUUAUGUGGGUCUUUGCCAUCUCAUGUUACUAGGCCUUUGAUAAAGUUAGCUUGCUUCUUUAGAGAAAUUUGUUCCAAAACCCUUACGGUUUCAGAUAUUGUGACUAGUGAGACAGACAUUGCAGUGACAUUGUGUGAAUUGGAAAAGAUAUUUCCUCCAUCCUUCUUUACAGUGAUGGUACAUUUGGUCAUGCACUUAGCUGCUGAAGCUAAGAUUGGUAGUGCAGUGCACUACCAUUGGAUGUAUCCUAUUGAGAGGUACCUCUCACGUCUUAAGUCUUACGUACGAAAUAGAGCUACUCUAGAAGGGUCUAUUGCUGAAGGAUACAUAGUAGAGGAGUGCUUAACAUUUUGUUCACGGUAUAUGGAAGGAGUUGAAACUAUAUUCAAUCGACCCACUAGGAUGAUUGAGGAGUCAACGGGGGUGAUGUCCCUCACUGGUGCUGAUAAGGAAAGAGAGGGAGUUAGUGAUACCCUUGUUACAUUGUCCAAAUGGCUGUAUAUUUAUGUAAAGCAGUUCAAGCAUUAUGUCAUAAAUGGUUUAAAAUUUAGGAGUAUAAAUGAUGAGGCAAACAGGAAAAUGCAGAAUAGUGGAGUUAGUGUCGCUACUGAUGGGGGCAGUACUUACUAUGGUAUUUUAAGUGAUAUAAUCGAGUUGAAUUAUUCUGACAAAGUCAAACAUGUGUUAUUCAAGUGUAAAUGGGUUCAUGACCAACAUAGGAGAGGAUAUAGGACUGAUGAAUUUGGGUUUCCUAUGGUGAACUUUACACACUUCAUACAUGGUGGGGAUAAAAUGAUGGAUGAACUAUACAUCUUGGCAUCUCAAGCUAUACACAUUUUUUAUGUGGAAGAUAAAAGGCAUAAAGAUUGGUAUGCUGUUGUCAAAACUAAAGCUAAGGACGUGUUUGAUGCUGGUGAUGAUUUAGAGGGAAUGACAAUUGAUGUCUCCAUCAUUGCUGAAAGAGAUCUUCAUGGAGUAAACAAUGAAGAUGAGUUUAUUGACAAUGAGUCUGACAAUGAAGAUGACAACGAGGAUGAGUACAUCGAGGAUGAGUAG